UCAUAUUUAUAUCCUCUUUCUAAAAUUUAUUUGUUUCAAUUCAUCUUCUCACCUGACCUGUGCCUUACCGCCUAAGUAUUAACAUCCCUUUAUUUAGCUCAUCUGCCUACCCCUCUAUUCAUUUAUUUUCAUUCAAAUCACAAUGAGUUAUCAACAUGUUCAUGAAGGUCCUUACCCUGACUACCCUCCACCAGGGUAUGGACCGCCACCGCCACCGCAACCACAAGGGUACCCGGGGCAGGGGAUGCCACCGCCACCGGGGUUUUAUAAUGGAGGGUAUCCUCCACCACCACCUCCUGGGCCUCAGGGUUAUCAGGGGUAUUUUAAUGAUCAGUAUCCCCCACCACCACCACCUCAGCAUAUGUAUCAUGAUGGUGGUGGCUAUUAUCGUAAUGACGAUGGAUGUUCUUCAUUUCUAAGAGGAUGUUUGGCUACUCUUUGUUGUUGCUGUCUUUUGGAGGAGUGCUGCUUCUAGUUUGCUGGACGCCAUCUUAUUGGUUCGUCAAAUUGCUACGAUUUGUGGGAUAAUCUUGAAGAUAUCACCAGACUCCUCUCUACCUCUAUAAAUUACGUAUAUGCGAAGAACUUGUACUGUCAAAACAUUUAUAUUGUUAGUUAUUUUGUGUUGUGGCAAUUGAAUUAUGAAGGAUGCGUUUGUGCUAGAAAUGUUAUUUACACAACUUCUGGCUUUCAUAAGAUGUAAUCUUCCUGUUACUGUCAUGUUUGUUAGUGAAUGUCAUGUUGCUUGUAUUUACAGAUCA